AUGUCAACUGGAGUAAAUCAUCAAAGAUUCACUGGGAUUAACAUUCAUGAAAUCCAUUUAUUGCUAAGUGAGCAAGAACCUACAAAUAUCUUGCAAUUUAUCCUUAGCCAAGAAAUCGAAUAAAUGGUAAAAUAAAUCCCCAGGUAGAUUGUUGUAUAGGAGAAGGAGAAGUAUUUGCACGACUAAAUAAAGAUUGAUAUUAGUGACACAAAACCAGAAUUUAGAAAUAUUAUCAUACAAAACUUUAUCUGCUCUAUUUGUCACACAGUCUUUAUCGACCCAGUUGAAUGUGAUAAUUGCUCUUAGAUAUACUGCACUCACUGUAUCACCACCUGGUAAAUGAAGAAAGAUAUGUGUCCAAUCUGCUCUCAUCAACCCAUUAAUCUUAUCAAAAUGAAUCCUAAAAUGAUGAGUGUCAUUGAGCAGAUUGAGUUUUCAUGUUCUGAGUGUAACAAGUGUUGCAAUUUGAAAAAAUCAUAAAAACUUGCGUAUAAUCUUCUUGCUAGCAACAUAAACUGUGAAUAAAGAUAAGAUGAGAUAUAUGAGGAAUGCAAGGGUGAGCCUAAAUAUUAUAACUACAAAAGAAUAAUGAAGCACAAGAAAAAGUGUCCAUUUUAUAUUUACUACUGUCCAAAUCAAUGCAGUUAGAUCCCUUUUAGAACAAGAGAUAUGUUCGCUCAUUUGCAAGGAAAAUGCCCCAAUUAAAUUUCUCAAUGUCUUGAUUGUGGUGAAAAUAAUGCUAUCAAAUUCUUAAAGCUUCAUGAUUGUGUCAAAAAUUUAUUGGAAAAAAAUUAAAAAAUAAGCCAAUUGCUUGAAUUAUUCCAAAGUAAGGAAAAUGAAUUGCAAGAAUAAGUCUAAAGUUCAAAUUUAAAUAAAAUAACAUCAGCUUUUGAAAAUUGGUUUCCACUAUCAAAUAGUUUAACAUAAAACUUAAUAAAUAAUAAGGAAUGCUUUUAUAGACCAAAACAGUUUAAUAGAGAUUCAAUUUACGACUCAGAAUUGAGAGAUUAUUAGAAUUAAUAAGAUCAAUAAGAUGGCGAUGAAUUUUAAAAAUUGAAAAUGAGCUCAUAGCAAAAGUAUUAAGCUGGAUUUUGGGAUUACUAUGAUUCAAGAAAGGAGAGAAAAUAAUAUAUUCAUGGUGGAAUAGCAUUAAGCGAAUAUUCAUCGGGUGGAAAAAAUGAUAAAAGAAAGCAAAAGAGACUUAGAUAAAGUGAAUUUAUUAGAAACUACAAGUCUUGA